UAGGGGCGGGAGUCGGUGGCCUCCGUGGCGGUCGUGGACACGUCAAGCCGGCAGAAGUGGAGGGGGCUUAAGAAGAGUGCUGGAGGGUUGACGGUUUAAGGUUGUGAGAGGGAGACGCUGGUGGCGAGGCUCGAUCUGGGAAGGUUGUCGGGGUGGCCCCCAGAAAGCAAAAUGGCUAACUUCAUGUUAAGACAUAAAGAUACAAGAUAGUUGGAUCAAAGUACCGUGAUACAAGCCUAAUUGUUGGAGCUAGACUUCUCUCCUUAGCUGGGUCAAGAAGCGGAAGCAUCCGUGAGGAGCUCAUUAAAUGUCUGCAGUUAGUGAAGAAUCUUCUGCUGACUCUCAACUUUUCCUGGAAAAAUGAACCAUUCCCACCACAUGGGGAUGACCUCUAUGGACCACAGCAAUACUACUGCAGCCCCCCACUCCCAUGGAAUGGACGACAUGAUGAUGAUGCAGAUGACCUUCUAUUUUGACUAUAAGAAUGUGGAGCUAUUGUUUUCUGGUUUGGUGAUCAAUACGGCUGGAGAAAUGGCUGGAGCCUUUGUGGCAGUGUUCUUACUAGCAAUGUUCUAUGAGGGACUCAAGAUAGCCCGAGAGAGCCUGCUGCGCAAGUCACAAGUCAGCAUUCGCUAUAAUUCCAUGCCUGUCCCAGGGCCAAAUGGAACCAUCCUUAUGGAGACGCACAAAACUGUUGGGCAGCAGAUGCUGAGCUUUCCUCACCUCCUGCAAACAGUGCUGCAUAUCAUCCAGGUGGUCAUCAGCUACUUCCUCAUGCUCAUCUUCAUGACUUACAACGGGUACCUCUGCAUUGCGGUAGCAGCAGGGGCUGGCACAGGCUACUUUCUCUUCAGCUGGAAGAAGGCAGUGGUAGUGGACAUCACAGAGCAUUGCCAUUAACAUCAAACUCCAUGGUGUGGCCUUACCGAUUGCAGCGGGAAGCAUUCAAGACUGGAAGACAUGAUUCCUACUCCAAUCUUCCCUUCUUGCUCCUUACCUCCUUAGACACAGACACACACACACACACACGCACACACACACACCUACUCAACAGAGGUUUACCUUACAGUAUAUGAUCUAAAGUGGUAACCUCCCUGUUUUCUCCCUCAUGAGCUGAGAUUCUCAUCUCUGUUGAGGUGAAGCCAUCUGUGAGAUGUCCUCUCCUCCCCUUUCAUCUUGGAUCCAAGUUAUAAGUUCUUCGGUCAUCAGUUAGCUUUCUGUUCAAAGACGUGAUCACCUGCUUCCUUUUUUAGUCUUGUUUUUAUUUUGUUAACAGACAAUAUGUGAAUUUGGUGGGUUUUUCCUGGGUCGGUGAUGGAAAGGGAUUAACUUCAGCCAGGAUUAAUGGCAGCUGAGGGAAAUUCUUGCCCAACUAAACCCAGAACCCAAACUUAACAUUAAAAAAUAAGUUCCAGUCUCUGAAUUCAAUAAGUGGGAAAUAAUACAUUGUGCCUUUCCCUAGGUGUGAUGUAUUGCACUGAAAUCUUUGUAGUGUGCAGAGGGGUAGUUUGAGUUAAACAUAGUCCUGGAGCUUGCAGAAGUGUGCAUUCCUGGGUGGCUGACUCAUCAUUUUGAUUGAGUCAAAUGGACUUGUCCAUUUG